AUGGCAUCUAUAGCAGGAGGAGGAACAUCAUCAACAGCAGCAGCAGCAGCAACAACAACAACAACAACAGCAGCAGCAACAGCAACAGCAACAGCAGCAGCAGCAGCAGCAACAGAAGAAGAUGAAUUAGGGUUUGACGAAGCAGCACUGCAUGCAGAGGAUAACGACGGUAGCUACCUUCCUUAUGAAUAUAUAGAUAAGGCAGUUGCUGCUGCUGCAGCAGCAGCAGAGGAAGGAGGUAUAACACAAACAACAAGAACAUUUGUUGCUGGAGGUAAACGUUAUAGCAGCAGCAGCAGCAGCAGCAGCAGCAAAAUACCAUUAGAUGCCCUACAGAUAUUAGCACUUAUUGCUGCUGCUGCUGCACUAAUAGCAGCAGGUUCCUUGCAAUUCUUUGGUUAUGCAGCAGCAGCAGGAAAGAAGGGAGGAUUAUUAUCUACAGCAACUACUGCUGCUGCUGCUGAUACCUCAGGAGGAGGAGGAGCAGCAGCAGCAGCAGCAGGCCCGCUGCUGCUGCUGCAGUACCCAGCAGCAGACCCUAGAUGGCAGCUAGCUGACCUACAAACAGAGGCAAUAAGAUUUAGGCAAAUGUGGUCUAAGAGCAGCAGCACAGUGCAGCAGCAAUUUGCUGCUGAAUACAUGCAACCACUGCAGCAGCAGCAGCAGCAGCAGCAGCAGGGAGAUGUAUCUACUACAAUAGAUACAGCAACAGCAGAUACAGAUACACCAGCAGCAGCAGCAGCAGAAGCAGCAGCAGCAGAUAUAGAUGUCCUCUUACAACCUGUUAAACAUAUAGCAAAGGCUGUUGCUGCUGUUAUGAAGCAGCAGCAGCAGCAGCAGCAGGAACAGCAGCAGCAGCAGCAGCAUCAGGAAAAGGAUAAGAAAGGAGAAGGAGAAGAAGAAGAAGAUAAGGAUAGAGAGAAGCAGCAGGAAGAGCAACAGCAGCAGCAGCAGCAGCAGCAGCGCGAGCUUCUUAUAGGUAUUUCCUUACUUAAGGGGGCUGUACAGGCAGCACGUCUGCGUCUCUCCUCUCUUAUUUUCUUUGAUGCCCUGCAGCAGCAGCAGCAGCAGCACCAACUACCACAGCAGCCGCAGCAGCAGCAGCAGCAGCAGCAGCAAGAAGAGGAUCAGGAUCAGGACCAGGAUCAGGAUCAGGACCAGGAUCAGGACCAGGAGCAGAAGCGGCAGCUAAAGCUACUGCAGCAGCAACAGCAGCAACAGCAGCUACAGCAGCAGCAGCAGCAGCAGCAGCAGCAGCAGCACGACCCUAAUGAGGUACUUAGUGCAUCAGAGAUGCUGCAGCUGCUGCUGUCUUAUUCAAGGACUUUGCUGCAGGAAGAUAAUGCAGAGGUCUUGAUGCAGCUGCAGCUAGAGCUGCAGCAGCAAGAAGAACAACAACAGCAGCAGCAGCAGCAGCAGCAGGAGCAGCAGCAGCAAGGAGUACCAUUUGCUGCUGCACAAGAAAUAUUAAAUAUGUUGUUAAGAUGGGAAGAAGAAGAAGAAACAAAUCAGCAUAUUUAUGAUCUAUUUACUCCUUUCUUCUAUCUAAUAGACCAGCAGCAGCAGCAGCAGCAGCAACAGCAGCAGCAGCAGCAGCAGCAACAGCAGCAGCAACAGCAAGAGGAGAAAGAGCAGCAGAUGCUACAGGAAAAAGAACAGGAAAUGCAGCAAGAGCAACAAAAAGAGGAGAAAGAACAGCAACAAGAGGAAAAGGAGCAGCAGAAGGAGGAGAAGGAGCACCAGCAAGAGGAGCAGCAGCAGCAAGAGCAGCAGCAACAGGAGCAGAGCGAAGAGGAGAAGGAGCAGCAUCAGCAGCAGCAGGUAGAUGAGCAGCAGCAGGUAGAUGAGCAGCAGCAAGAGCAGCAGCAGAAACUCGACGAGCAGCAGCAGCAGCAGAAAGAUGAACAGCAGCAGCAGCAGAAGGAUGAACAGCAGCAGGAACAGCAGGGUGAAGCCAAGCAACAGGAGCAGCAGAAGGAUGAGGAGCAGCAGCAGCAGCAGCAGCAGCAGCAGCAGGAGCAGCAGAAGGAUGAGGAGCAGCAGCAGCAGAAGGAUGAGGAGCAGCAGCAGCAGCAGCAGCAGCAGCAGCAGCAGCAGGAGCAGCAGGAGGACGUAGCAUUCUUAGAGGAUUUAUUGGGAAGUUGCCUCUUUUUAAUUUUUGAAUUUUUUGUGCUGUGCUAA